AUAAGUGACAGCUAUCUAUAUGGACUUUGCAGGCCACACGCUCAACGGGCAGACCCUGCUGGAGUUCUCGCUGGCGCGCGAGGAGGAGGGCCUGCCCAUCCAGGAGGCCACGCUGUGGGUGCGCGUGGACGUGCGCGACUCGCGGCGCAGGAAGCUGUCCGACCGCAACCUCACCCUCUGGGUGUUCCGGGUGCACGGCAAGCACUUCAACACCAGCCACGUCAGUGACGAGGACUUCGACUCAUACACCUCGAUGGCGGGCUCGCUGUCGGUCUCGCUGAGCGAGCUGGGCUGGAAGAAGAUCAACCUGACCCAAGCCGUGCAGCACUGGUACGCCGAGGGCUCCGGGUCCCGCGGCCGGCUGCGCCUGCUCGUCGACUGCUCAGGCUGCGGGGAGCUAGUCGAGGUCACCCUCUUCCGGCCGGAGACGACGGCGGACGACCGGCGUCGGCCCUUCCUGGUCGUCAAGACGGAGCCGCCCAGCAAGCGGGUGCGGCGGCGCGCCGUGGCGUGCUCGGGGGCGCUCCCCGGCGAGUGCUGCAAGCAGGAGCUGUACGUGAGCUUCAAGGACCUGGGCUGGGACGACUGGAUCAUCGCGCCCGGCGGCUACCGCGCCAACUAUUGCCGGGGCAACUGCAGUCACUACCGCACGCCCGACACCUACCACAACUACCACACGCACGUCAUGGAGGAGUACCGCCGCCUCAACAAGCUGGUGGACAUGCAGCCCUGCUGCGCGCCGCUGCGCUUCAGCUCCAUGUCUCUCAUCUACUUUGACAUGGACAACAACAUCAUCAAGAGGGACCUGCCGAAGAUGGUGGUGGAGGAGUGUGGCUGCCCGUAGGCUGCUGGGCUGCCUCCGGGGGGGUCCGACGGCUCUCCGGUGCUGCCGCUGCCUCUAGACCGUGGCUACCUCAGCGCCACGUACGGGCUUCCCUACUGCCUUAUAAGUCUUUCACCUUUCACCAUUUUGUUGCAUUUGUUACUGCCACGAACGUCGGGGCUUGCGGGCCAAAGCAAGUCUUGAAACGGACGUAAAAGUGCUAGAAGUGCGGAAAGUGUUGUAAUGGUGACAGGAGUAUUCGCCAGACAAACGAAACGUUAAUACGAACGCUCCUCAGUGUUGUUAUGCAAGUUUGCCGUGCAAUUAGGACACGUUUUAGUCUUCUCUCUAUUGAAUUACUCAGAAAAAAAAUGCCAAGACUACUCUAGUGAUCUCUCCGCCCCUUCCUGGAGCGACUGCGGGCCGCUCCACGUAGUUGGGUACGACGUGCCCCAAAGAAUCGUGGAAUAAUUGUUUAAAGUAAUUAUAUGGAUUAAUAAUUAUUAAGUGCGGUGUGUGCAUGGCUCUGUGAGCAUCACAUGUCCUUGACUCACAUUCAGUCGUACCUUGUAUUUUUCCUUAUUAUUUUAUUUUUGUUAAUUUGUUGUUUGUGUUUUUGUAAAGUAAACUUGUUGUUCUUGUGUUGCUCCUCUUAAAUGGCAUGUUACAGUCCCUUCCCUGCUCCUUUGCACCACGCGCGCUGCAUUAUGUGCUGCGGGGUGUCGCAAUACACCAUAAAUGAAUUUUUCUGUAGAACCUUAAAGAGUUUUGGAGCCAGGAAGGGCAAGUAAGAACAUCAAUGGCAUGAUUCGUGAAUUACGCUUUUUUUAAGCCUCCUGUGUACUUCUUUACAAAACUCGAUGAUUCUUCCGUAAACGUGUUUUACGAUUUAGUUUCUAUUUAUUUGUUUUGUUUUUCAGAAUGUACUAUACUACCCUUGUUUCACACUGUAAAGUGUUUUAUUCUUUGCAACGUACAUGACAUAUUGAGGCGUUUGACAACAAACAAACUCUGUGCCAGUCUACAACACAAACAAGUAACUCAUAAAGAGUUCGCAGGUUUGCAAAUAAAUACCUCGUAAUUUAAACAGUAUAUUAUGAAACGGUUGCAAUUGUUUGCAACGUUGCAAAGAAUAUUUGUUUGGUAAGCAUUUUACAGUGCACCCUGUCAAAAGUCUACGAAGCACCCAUUCAUAAUUUUCGAAGGGUAACGAUUAUAGCCUGCGAAAAAAUCAAAGGCUCAAGUAAAACUUGCAAUACAACUUU